AUGAUGCGGCAUGGGCAAAGCAAGGCAUUGGCCCAAGAGGACGAAGACGAGUGGUUGCGGCUCACUGAAGAGAAGCCUGCCUUCAGUGAUCGACGUGAGCAGAGGCGAAGCGAGCCAACUGCUUCACAGAUCGGUUCCCUGAUCCUCUUCGCCGAUCUGGGGUGCGUAAAGGACGGGCCGGAGCCACAUCGAUUGGUGACUGCAGAUCGAGAGCGGGGCAAUGGACAAUGGAGAUCCCGGCCUGUUCAUGAGUAUGUCGCGUACGAGUUCGGUGAUGGUGACGACAACUGGGUCGUGAUGAUCAAGCCACGGACCGCCACCAAGAAAUUUGAGAGUCAGCACAGGCCGUACGAGGUGCACAUGGUGGGCCCUGAGGGUGACGACGAGAAGCGUGAAGUGCCCCUCGAUGGCAGCAUAUGGCAGCGGCGGCCAUUCGUCGACUACCUCAAAACCUUGGCCACCCCCGAUGCGAAGAGCUAUGUCGACACCUUCGGCUGGCCGACCGCUCUACCUCGCCUCCUUCACCGAGACCCAGAUCCCGGGGUUGAGGACUUGACAACCAACGCGUCCACGCUUUCACGCCCUGGUUUGUUGUGUCUCCUGCAGCUUUUGGCCAAUGGACUGCAGGAGAAGGACAAGUGGAUGGUGGUGGCGGGUGACAUUCAAGGUGCCUUCUUGACCGGAGGCUAUCUGACAAGGAGCGAGGACUUGUUCUUUCACUAG